AGUGUCAAAUAUCGCAAAUUCAGUGGUAUUAUUUUUUUUUUUUUUGUUUCUUUCAAGAUUUAUAUUUUUUUUGCAACACAAAAAUGAUGGACCAAGAAAUUUUAAAACCUUUUGAUGAAGAUUUAGAAGAUGGAGAACUAUCAGACAGUGAUGAAGGCUAUACACCACUUCCAAGACCGGGAACAACCACAACUUCUAUUAGCGGCGUUGAUCCAAUCGAAUCCACAAUUCCUCCACAAAUUACAACCAAUGUGCCCAUUAAAAUGGAAGAAGCUAUCGAAGAUAGUGUCUCUGAUUUUGGUCCAACCGAUUCAUCUACUUCCGAUUCAGAUGAUUGUCUUAAUAAACUCGGCGAAGCUGGAGAGAACUCUAAAAAAUCACGAAAGAAAAAGACAAAGCGUACAGUUCUCCUUCGAGUUAAAGCUGACAAUGAUUUCCAAGAAAAGAAGGCACGUUUCAAAAAAUACGAUAUUUGGGCUUCGAGUUUGCAGGAAGAAACUCUGACAGAAAAUAUGCGUGGCAUUGGUGUCAGACAUGAUUUACGUUCGGACAGAAAUGUCGAAAACUAUGAUUACACUUUAAAGUAUCGAUUAAAUGGAGAGAACUCUCUUAAAAGAAGAUUAUCCACUUCGAGUGACGAACACUCGGAGAAUGACUUUCAUCAACAAGCCAAACGUUCGCGGGCUGGGGGAAUUAAAAGUCGUCUGGGACAAAGAUCACAUCGACCAUCGGAAAGUAGUUCGGACUACAACUCGAAUGAACCCAGACUUAUUUUGGAUUUAGAUGAACCUAUUAUUGGAAGACCUCCGCAGGAUAUCGCCCGGGAGAUGGCAAACAAAUUGUUUGAAGAAAAGGAUGAGUUGUUAUUGAGGGUAGUUGAAACCAUAGGUCCAGAUAUGGCUGUUGAAAUAUUCAAAGAAGCACAACGAAUUGAAAGGGAUGGGGGAAUGAUGAUAUUGAAUGGUAAAAGACGUCGCACACCUGGAGGUGUGUUUCUAUUUUUGCUCAAAAACCACGAACGUAUUACUCCCGACGAACACAAACUCAUCUUCUACGACGAAAGGAAAACAGCGAUUAGAACCCAAAAAGAGGUUCAAGCUUUAAAACGACAUCGUAAGGUGGAAGAGUUAAAGAAACGACUGAGCGCCAAAGAGAAAAACCUACCAGCAUUAACUUCACGCAAAGAAUUGUAUCUUGGUUCGGAAUUAAAAGCUGAACUUAAAUCAACUUUGUCAAACCCGCCUCCAUCACCAGUUGGCCAAGAACAUAGCCCAGAAUAUAAGUCACAUGCCAUAAAUGAAGUUUGUGGCGAACCAAGUCCCGAAAAACCAUCUACAUCGAAGGAUGUUCCGAUAGAACCGGAACUACUGAGUUAUGAUGAUGAUUUUCUCGAUGUCAAUUGUGGUGAUAUGGAUUUUUUCUAGAAUUUCGAAAAAAAAAACGAAAUCUCAUAUAAAUUGGGUGUAAAUGUGUAA